AUGGCAAUGAUGGAGUUAAGCAAGUCAAUCCGGGAAUUAAAGAUUAUUCUUUAUGGGAAUGGCGAAUCCGAGCCUCUCGCCGAGGCCUGUGCUCAGUUGACUCAAGAAUUCUUCAGAGAAAACACACUCCGGCUGAUAAUUACUUGUCUUCCCAAUUUGAAUUUAGAGACCCGCAAAGAUGCUACUCAAGUAGUAGCAAAUCUGCAGAGGCAGCAGGUUCAGUCCCGGCUGAUUGCUUGUGAUUACUUGGAAGCAAACAUUGAUUUGAUGGACAUAUUAAUAUUAGGGGAAGCUACAGUCGACAACAUGUUCAAAAUGUGGUUGCUUUGUCCUACAUUGUCAAAUGCUUCUGCAAGUUUGUUGUCUGCAAAUCUGGCGUGCAAGUUUGCAUCUGCAGUUGCCAGAUUUGUGAAAUUGUUGUUGCAGAAUGAUAUGCUAUUCUUGUUUCAGGCUUUCAGCCAUGAAACU